AUGAAGUUGCUAGAUUUCGCCCUCUCUCUGAUAACAGGCAAGGAGGCGGCUCGUCUUCCCAAUGCCACCUCUCCAAUGGCCCAAGAACCCACUAAAUACAUGGUCCAGCUUGACGUUUUUCAUCAGCUUCACUGCCUCAAUCUUAUGCGGAAGCUCGUGUAUCCUUCAGUGUUCGAUCUCGACUUGACGUCUGGGUCAGAAGAAGCAGAGGAGAAUUUGGAUCAUUUCGAGCACUGCUACGAUUCCCUGCGGCAAGCGUUGCAGUGCAACGCGGAUCUGAGCACCAUCUACUAUGAAUGGGUGCCGGAAAGAAAUAGACUCGUAGGAAACUUGGCAACAACGCAUACCUGCAAGAACUAUGAUUCAAUUAUACAGUGGGCAAGGGAUCAUCAGUACAAGGGACCUCUUGACUACACGGCCAAGGUGGAAGGGGUUCCCAUAAGGCAUGUUUCGCAUGUUUCGGGUGGGAAGAGUUCACAUCAUCACAUGUAA